AUCAGUUGGGUUUGCUUCUAUUGCAAUUUCAUAAAAUGACUGGACUAACAGGCCCUGUCUAGCCAGUAACAUUGUUAAUAAUAAGUUGAUAAAAUAAUCAAAAUCAGAUUUUUUAUAUCAUAGCCUAUCACUGAAUCGUUUCCUCGGUGACAGCUGGACCUCGACCAUAAGAUAGCUCAUAUGAAAUACAAAAGGCUCCUUUAAACACAAGCCGAGUAGUCGAUUUCCGAGCGCAUCGAUGCCUCUGUCAGUGUGAGCGACUGCUCUUUCUGCUGUGAGCAGCACUGCUCUUCUGGCGUGAUCCACAGUUCCCCGCCGCACUCCGAGCCCGAGCCCUAAUACAGAUGCGCUGGAGACACAGCUUGCGUUCGCUGACAUCAUGGAUUUUAGUGUAAAGAAACUAGCCUCGGAUGCGGGAGUCUUUUUUUCUCGAGCUGUCCAGUUCACACAGGAGAAUCUGGGACAGGCAGAGAAGACCGAGCUGGAUGCUCACUUUGAAAACCUGCUAGCCAGAGCCGACUGCACCAAGAACUGGACCGAGAAGAUCUUCAGACAGACAGAGUACCUACUGCAGCCAAACCCAAGUGCCAGGAUCGAGGAGUUCCUCUACGAGAAGCUGGACAGGAAGGUCCCCUCUCGGCCCACCAACGCAGAGCUGCUGGGGCAGUACAUGCUGGAGGCGGCCAAGGACUUUGGGCCUGGAACACCCUACGGAAGCACCUUGAUCAAGGUGGGGGAGUGUCAACAGCGACUGGGCGGAGCCGAGCGGGAGUUCCUGCAGACGAGUGCCAUCAGCUUCCUCACGCCGCUCCGCAACUUCCUGGAGGGAGACUGGAGGACCAUAUCAAGAGAGAGAGCGCUUCUGAAUGAGCCGGACAUGAUCCACACCCACUCAGCGCAGACUCGAUUUUUGUCGAGUCAUUUUGCUCUGUCUCUGUCCCAGGCCGAGCAUGAGCUACGUGUGGCCCAGACGGAGUUUGACAGACAAGCAGAGGUGACACGCCUCCUGCUGGAGGGAAUCAGUAGUACACAUGUGAACCACCUGCGCUGCUUGCAUGAGUUUGUGGAGGCCCAGACGGCCUACUACAACCAGUGCCACCGCGUCAUGCAGGACCUGCAAAAGGAGCUGGGCAGCUCUCAUGCGGAUGCGUUCUCCAGCUCCUUCGGGAGGAACCCUGGCUCCUCCCCGGACCCAGUGGCAUCUGCGUCCAGUCCCACGGCGUCCGAGACAGACGUGCUCCAGAUCGAGGAGGUCCAGCCGCCGGCCAGUGGCACACGCAAGGCCAAGGUGCUGUACGACUACGACGCCGCCGACACCAGCGAGAUGUCCCUGCUGGCCGAUGAGCUCAUCACAGUGUACACGGUGCCAGGCAUGGACUCUGAUUGGCUGGUUGGAGAGAGGGGAAACCAGAAAGGGAAAGUGCCCGUCACGUACCUUGAACUGCUGAGCUAAGAGGUUAAAGGUCAUCAGCUAUCUACGCACACACACACACGUCAUACUCACACAAACAUUCACACACACACACAUAUGCACACACACAGACGCAUGCAUGCAUGCGGACACACACGCACACACACACACACACACACACACA